GUAAUGCAAACAUUUCAUUGCAUUGUGAAAUCAGCAAAUACGUAAAUACACACACAAAUAAAUCAAACCAAUACUCCGUAGGUUUGUCAUCAUUCCACAAUGCCGAAAGUAAAGAGAAGUAGAAAACCACCCCCAGAUGGUUGGGAACUGAUAGAACCGACCCUGGAUGAAUUGGAGGCAAAAAUGCGUGAAGCUGGAACAGAUCCACAUGAGGGGAAGAGGAAGGUUGAAGCCCUGUGGCCAAUCUUCCGCAUCCACCACCAGAGGUCCAGAUAUAUCUACGACCUAUUCUACAGGAGGAAAGCAAUCAGUAGAGAGCUGUAUGAGUACUGCCUGAAGGAGAACAUCGCAGACAAAAAUCUGAUUGCCAAGUGGAAGAAGCAGGGGUAUGAGAACCUGUGCUGUCUCCGCUGUAUCCAGGUCCGAGACACAAACUUUGCCACAAACUGCAUCUGCAGGGUUCCCAAGAGCAAACUGGAGGCUGGCAAGAUUGUGGAGUGUAUUCAUUGUGGAUGUCGUGGUUGCUCUGGAUAGCACAGAUGUCUGGACAGGUUGGGGAGGGUUUUCUUUUCAUGUUGGGACUUGAACCUCGACUCAAGAAGUUCGACAGAAGUGAUUGACAAUGUGUACUGAUUGUAGAUUCACUGAUGCACACAACUAUCAAACAUGAAACAUGAUGAUCAUAUGUUUUUUAUCCUUUCUUGUCUAAGUAUCAUUUUGAACAUAUUGUAAUUGAUCUUCAUCAUUAGUACUCUGGAGAAGGGAAACAUUGGGUCAAAUCUUUUCUGGAAAUGAUAACACAUUUGACAACAUUAUUUUACUUCUCUUUAUAAAAGCAUUUGCGUCUUUUUGACUUUAUAUCCUUUGGAGCAUGUUGUAAUACAGGAUCACUUUUAUAAUUAAAUAAAUGUCAUACUCCAUAUGUAUAUAUGCUAAUCAUGCUAUUGAAGGUUUUUUUUAAAACAGUUAACAACGUCUCGUAAUAUUGUUUAAAAUAAAGUCAACAUUGUAA